AUGCAGAUGUCUUCGGAAUACAACGCGGAAAAGCUCCUGCAAGAGCGCGCGUCCGCAACAGCCGAGCUCUAUGCAGACCCGCACAAUCCUGCGCGCCACUUAACGCGUGCCUGGAUCCAUGCCUGCCUCGGCUUCCCGGAUCUUGCGUCUGCGGAUGCAUACCGUGCUCUCUCGUUGCUGGACAGCGUUGUUGAUCCAGAUGGAUGCGAGUUUCAUGCUCGGAGGAGGGUUGAGGAGGGCGAAGGGGCGUCUUCUGAUCCGGUGCCUCAGGAUGAGGAAGAUGAAGAAGAUGAGGAUGAAGAUGGCGGCUUCGAGCCCACCACCGAAGCCGAGUACAGGUCCAUGAUUGGUGGUGUCUACCAAGUGCUCGUGGGCAAUCUCAUCGAGUGCGGGUGUCUACGCGAUGCGUAUGAGUUUGCUCAGCGUGGAAUAACCUUGCUUGAUGAGCUAAUGGCUGAAGGGACAGAGACCAAGGAGCAGAGUGAACCGCGGCGGCUUCUUAACAUCUGGAAAAAUGAAAUCCAGCUGGAUUAUCUCAGUGCGAAGGGGCUGGAUGUGACGAAAAAGCUUGAGGAAUUGAAGAUUAAGCAGGAGACUGAUUCGUCAAACGAUGAGAACGACGAGGAUAGAGUCGACCCCAGCAAACUGCGAGCGCAAGGCUUCGCCCGCAGAAUCCUUUACCCCUGGAACGAGCACGAGCCAGACCGCAAGUCACCUGAGACCCUGCGUCUCUUAAACGAGCGGCUCAAGAAGAUUGCACCUAAAUGUGAGGUGCGGGCUGUUGCGUUGCCUGUACUCCACGAUACCACCACCAGGGACGAGAACGCUGAAAAAGACGGAGAAGAGGAGGUCUCCAUCCAACUCGGCCUCUUCGCCAAAGAGGACCUCGCACCAGGCGAGACAAUACUCCACGAGUCCUCUCUCCUAACAGCAACAAACCGCCUCCACGACGACACCUGCGACGCCUGCAACGGUCCCUUACCACCCCUUUCCUCCGAAAAUCCACCCGUCGCCUGCGACGAAUGCUACGACAUCAUCUUCUGCUCACAAUCCUGCCACGACCAAGCCCAGGAAACCUACCACGGCGCCGUCUGCGGGCUGAUGGAGAACCUCGAGAGCAUCGGAAAGGACAUCCCCGACGCAAAGGACAAAGCCGACUACCUCUACCUCCUGCUCCUCGGCCGGGCACUGGCAAUGGCCCAAACACAGGGCGUGAACCCCCUCGAGCUCGACGAGAUCAAGUACAUCUGGGGCGAUUUCGUCCCAUACGACCCGAACACACCGCCACCCCUGGGCCCCGCUCUGUGCCAUUCCCAUUCCCAUUCCCAUACCGCCUCCCACGCCCAAGAUCCCAAUGCUCUGGAAAUCCAAAAACAAGCGACCCUCCCCUUUAGCUUCCAGCUCUCGAUCCUGCAGCCGAUGCGCCUAAUUGAGGAAAUGGGACUGGAUCCGUACAUGACGCUCGAAAACUACGAUACGUGGAUCCUGAAUACACUGUACGCCAAAUUCCGCGGCACCGCGUCGGGACGGCUCUCGACGUGGGAUGGCGGGCCGGAGACGUGCGCUGUGCACCCGCUCUGGUGUCUUGCGAACCAUAGCUGCGAUCCGAACGUGAGGUGGGAGUGGGGCGGGGAGAUUGCGUUUGUUGUUCGGGGUGAUGACGAGAGGGCUGGUUGGAAGAGGGAGGGUGAGGAGAGGGAGAAGGCGAAGGGGGGGAUCAAGAAGGAUGAGGAGAUUCUGAACCAUUACUGUGAUAUUGGGCUGAGUGUUAAGGAUAGGAGGGAGUGGGCCGCUGGGGCGCUUGGGGGGAAGUGCUUGUGUAAGAGAUGUGUUUGGGAGGCUGGCGAGGUUUGA